AUGACGAACAAGGAACGGAUAGAGCACCUUGAAGCAGAGAUGAGUACGAUCCAGGAGGAGAUACGCAAUAUGGAGGCUCGCAUGGAUGGGCGCAUCACAGAAGUGUUGGAGGCCCUCCGUCAUCUCCAGAUCUCAGCUCCGACUCCAUCUCCCUUCGAGCCAAUGCCGUCCCAACCUCCAUCACCACGAGAAGGCGGAUACGGCCGAAGAGAGGAGCCCGUCGGAAGUCUAUGCCACCCCAGAAUGGACUUUUCUCGGUUCACCGGGGACGACCCUAUUGUUUGGCUCAACCGAGCUGAACAGUACUUCGAUACCCAAGGAGUUCUGGGCAACAAGCGGGUAACCACGGCCUCGUUUUACUUGGAUGAAGAGGCAAACCAUUGGUGGCAGUGGUUACGCCGGACGUAUCAAGAUGAAGGAGCCGUAAUCACCUGGAGGGUGUUCGAGCGCGAGUUGUUGGCUCGGUUCGGGCCGAAUGAAUAUAUCAACUUCAAUGAAAAGCUUUCACGUGUCCAGCAAAAUGGGACGGUGAGAGAAUACCAGCAGGAGUUCGAGAAGCUAGCCAACCGGGUCCGGGGCUGGCCUCCGGACGCGCUGCUGGGCACCUUCGUGGGAGGACUCAAGGAAGACAUUGCCAAGGAGGUACGAAUGCGGCAACCUCACUCCUUGCGCGAAGCUAUUACUAUUGCUCGGAUGCGAGAGGAGCGGCUAGAGCAGAAGCGGAGAGCUGGUCGGAUUACCCCACUGCGGGCAACCGGGGUUUUGCGACUACCAAACCCGACUACGCCUGCACCGCGGUUUCCUGCUCCGACGCCAAUCCGACGUAUCUCAUGGGAAGAAAUGCAACAACGACGGGAACGUGGGCUAUGCUUUAAGUGCAACGAGAAGUUCACACCCGGACACCGGUGCAAAACUCCUCACGUUCAUCUAAUAGAAGCCGAUCCCGUGGAGGACAUGGAGGGAGUAAGCAGCGGCGAGGCCGACCUUCAUGGCGAGGGGCAGUCUGAAGGAGAGGCGCAACCGGUUAUCUCCCUACAUGCUCUCUCUGGAUGGAACGGACCAAGGACGAUGCGAGUAACGGCAUGCAUCCAGGGACAACCCUUGACGAUUCUCAUCGACAGUGGAUCAACUCAUAACUUUGUGAGUGACCGCAUUGCCCAGCAACUCCAACUGCCCCUUGACGCCACCGUCCAGUUUGGAGUUCGGGUGGCAAACGGGGAAAUCCUCCAGUGUCGGGAGAUGUUCCGGUCAGUGGAGGUCGAGCUGCAAGGAAAAAGGUUCUCUGUAAACUUUUAUACACUGCCGCUUGUCGGGCUGGACGCUGUCCUUGGUGUACAGUGGCUAGAAGAGCUUGGUCCCGUGGUCUGCGACUGGAAGCAGAUGACCAUGAAGUUCUGGAGAGACGGCCAGGAGUGCAGACUAAUUGGGCAGCCGUCAGAAACCGCCAGAGCUAGGGAAUCCCAAGAAAUGCAACGAGAGAUCAAAGGGAAAGCCCAGCUUUUUGCCAUCAUGGUUAAAGGCUCUGGGGAACAUCACCUAGAGGCUGAAAGGAGAGAGCUGCCCCAAGAUCUUCAAAGACUACUGAGAAGGUACUCCUCGCUCUUCCAAGAACCCCGAGGGCUACCACCGGAGCGAUCUUUUGUCCAUCGUAUUCCCCUACAAGCUGAAGCGUCAGCUGUCAAUGUCCGUCCCUACCGUUAUGCCUACUAUCAGAAAAACGAGAUUGAGCGCCAGGUAGCAGAAAUGCUGGAAUGUGGGAUGGUUAGGGAAAGCCAUAGCCCUUUUUCAUCUCCUGUCCUACUAGUAAAGAAGAAGGAUGGCACCUGGCGAUUCUGCACAGACUAUAGGGCUCUCAACGCGGUGACCAUCAAGGAUAGAUUUCCUAUCCCUACCGUCGACGACAUGCUGGACGAACUACAUGGAGCUCGCUUCUUCACAAAGCUGGAUCUUCGGGCUGGAUACCACCAAAUUAGAAUCCACCUCGAAGACGUCCAUAAGACUGCAUUUCGCACACAUCAUGGCCAUUUCGAGUAUUUGGUGAUGCCCUUCGGGCUGUGCAACGCCCCUUCGACGUUUCAAGCAGCCAUGAACUCCAUCUUUCGGGAGCACCUGCGCAAGUUCAUCCUAGUAUUUUUUGAUGACAUCCUGGUAUAUAGUACCACUUGGGAGCUCCACCUUUUUCACCUCAAUAUUACUCUGAAGAUCCUCUCCGACCAUCGCUUCUACUUGCAGCCCUCCAAGUGUCUGUUUGGACAACAACAGGUUGAAUAUCUCGGUCAUCUAGUUUCGGCUGGGGGAGUGCAGGUGGAUGCCACAAAAAUACAGGCGAUGCAAGACUGGCCUCGACCCACGACGGUGAUGGAGUUGAGGGGAUUCCUCGGAUUGACAGGGUAUUAUCGCAAGUUCGUCAAAAGUUAUGGCCUCAUCGCAGCCCCACUGACCAGUCUGCUGAGGAAGGGGCAGUUUCAGUGGAAUCUACAAGCCGAACAGGCAUUUCUUCACCUCAAGCAAGCCAUGACGACCACUCCCGUACUAGCCAUUCCCAACUUUUCAGAGACCUUUGUGAUUGAAACCGACGCUUCUGAGAAGGGAGUGGGAGCCGUGCUAUCUCAAGGAGGGAGACCCAUUGCGUAUAUGAGCAAGGCGUUGAGUGUAAUCAAAAAGGAUUGGUCCACAUAUGCCAAGGAAAUGUUAGCAAUCAUGGAAGCUGUGCGGAUGUGGCGUCCAUACCUAUUGGGAAGAAGGUUUCAGAUACGCACUGACCAGAAGAGUCUACGAUACUUUCUGGAGUAG